AUGACCUAUCUUGUAAAUUGCGAAGGACCAAAUAGUAUACUAAUAAAGGAAGAAAUAUGCGGAUCAUUUAAUAGCUAUUUACGAGGUAAAUUUUCUAAAUUCUUUUCUGCCCGACACGGAGUAAAAGCAAAAUUACCUAAACGUUUGGAUACUACGAACAAAAUGGGCCAACGAAUUGUACAAGUUAUUGGAAAGGAAGAUUUGGAAAUUAUAAAUAAAAAAUAUAAAAAUCCUGUAUCUAUUCCGUACAAAAAGGAACUGGCAGACGUUAAAUUGGACGAUUUGUUAGAAGAACUUCCAGAAAUAUUAGCACAGCUUAGAAUCGAAAAUUACUAUCUUAUGGAUUUCGACAUUACGCAGGAUUUUGUAGGCGUAUUUAACAAAACGGAAAUGACUCGUUUUCUAACAGACAAUCAGAAGUUUUGUAAUCGAGGAGAGUACGAUGAUGGCAGCAAUAUAAUUGUAGAUAAUAACAAAACAGUUGGUAUAGACUGUUUAAAAUGGCUAAAUUCGAAUGCCAGAGUUAACUAAAUUCGAAUGCCAGAGUUAAAAUGUAUAACAAAUUUGUGUGCCAAAUUACCAGUCCUGGAGUUCGAAUGCCAGAGUUAAAAUGUAUAACAAAUUUGUGUGCCAAAUUACCAGUCCUGGAGUCAAUGUGUGCCAAAUUACCAGUCCUGGAGUCAACAAACAAAUCGGAAACCAUAUUAUCGACUUUAUCAACUGUUCAGAUGCACGUCUAAAGGAAACAUUUUCUUAUAAUCCAGCGAGAGAGCAUGGCAUAACAAGAUUGAAGGCAACAAUAUAUAACUAUACUAUUGGAGAUUAUUAUAAGACAAGGGACGUAUUUAAACCACUAAACCACUGGAAGAUUGUUUAAGUUUAUUGGAAAGUUGUAAAAUGUAUUUCCAAAAUGUACCGUUUUAUUCGGUGUCGAUUGCUGAAAUGUGGACAAAAUUGAUAGACUUUUUUACAGAAUAGCUGUUGCAUCGUGUUUAAAAAUUUCUGGCAGUACGUAUAUUGGGGCAAUUUGAAACUAUCCGAUAAUCGAGAACAGAGAGAUAAGAUCAUAAAAUAUACUCUUUCUGCGUAUAGUUUUAACUGUUUACCUAUAAACUUUAUAGAAGUCGUGGAGGACGAAGCAAACAACGAAAACAUUUCAAUAAUACAAAAAUGUUAUAUUAAAGCGGGCGAAACGUUUUUCUCUAGAUCCGGGACUAGUUUCUCCGCCAUCUCAAAGGAAAUAAAUAUCGAGGACACUGGAUUGACCAAAACUAACAAUAAAAAUGUUAUUCCCCAGAUUCUAAAGAAAAGAUCUAACAUAACCAAUAAACUGUCUCCGUAUACAAUAAAAGAAAUAGACCAUCUCUCGUCUGUAUACGUAACAUCUGCGGGAAAACGAAAAUUAGAAUUGGAAGAAAUAAAUACGAAAACAAAUCUCCAUUAAAGAAGAGCAUAUGCAUCUGUUAGAGAAAUAACACGAGACUGCGCGAUUAAAAAGAAAAAUAAUAAACUAUUUUAAUAAGAAAUGGCGAAAUUUGGAUACAGAUGGUUUUGACCGAAUUUCCACUUUUACUGUUAAUAAUAAAAGAAAAUACCCAUAUGUUGGAGUACUGGCCGAAAAAGUUGAGACCAAAAGUGUAUACUUUUUAAAAGGCUCUUUAAAAAAAUUGUUUAUAAAUAUUUACAACAUCAGAGAAAAACUUAAAGAAGAAGGAUACGUUUUAAUUCCGUUUAACGAAAUGGUAUUAAUAGUCCUCCCAACAGAAGAAACUAUUAUAACAUUUAAUACUAAUGGAGUUACUACAUUUAAUGGCAAUUCGUUCGCAAAAGUGGAAAAUGUUCAAUUUUUUUCGGAAGUAUUACGAAAUAUGGAUGAUCAAAACAAUAUAUAA